AAAUUUGCUUCAAAUAAAAAAUAUUGAAUACUUUUCAGAUGGGUGUGCAGGUCAAUAUAAGAAUUGCAAAAAUAUGUUAAAUCUUUGUUUCCAUUGUGAAGAUUUUGGUUUUACUGCUAAAUGGAACUUUUUUGCAACUAGUCACGGUAAGCAACCUUGUGAUGGGAUAGGUGGUACAGUCAAACGUCUGGCAACACUAGCAAGUUUGCAAAGAGAUAUGGAUAAUCAUAUUUUAUCUCCACAAACAAUGUAUAAAUAUUGCAAUGAAAACAUUAAAGGCAUAAAUUUCAUAUAUAUUUCAUCAGAAGAUUUAACUUUGGUGAGAACCGCUCUUAAAGAACGAUUGGAUACUGCUAAAACAAUACCUAGAACACGUAGUUACCAUCAGUUUGUACCACUUGGCCAUCAAAAGGUAGGCACUAAGCUAUGCAGUGUUGAUGAAGAAUUUGCUUUAAUUCAUGACUUUGGAAAUAUCCAGAUAACAAUUGCAAACCUAGUACCAGGUCAUUAUGCCCGUGUUUCCUACGAGCAAAAGUGGUGGAUAGGAAAAAGCAAGCUUCGCUGUUAA